AUGAAAUUAUUGGCCGCAGUUUUAGUUAUGUGUUCAUUGGCGGUUGCCCUUAGCUGGCCUUUGGAAAAUAACAAUUUAGAUUUGCUAUUAGCAAUUGAUGAAGCAGCUCAGGGAGUUGACAGCAAUGAUCACAUUCGUCUAGCCCGUCAUCGCCAUGGUGGUAGAGGUUAUGGAGGCGGAGGCUAUGGUGGUGGAGGCUAUGGUGGUGGAGGCUAUGGUGGUGGUGGAUAUCCUGGCGGCGGCUAUGGUGGUGGCGGUGGUGGAUAUCCCGGCGGCGGCUAUGGUGGUGGUGGUGGCGGAUAUCCUGGUGGAGGUUAUGGUGGUGCUACUAGUAGUGCUUCAGCAAGUGCUAGUGCUUCAGCAACAGGCUAUAGUGGAGGAUAUGGCAGAUAA